AUGAAUAUGAUUACCAACACCGAAUUAACAGAUUUAAUUCAUGCAGUUGAAGAAACUUCCACCAAUUGUGAUGUGGAAUUCUUCGAUCCAUUGUUACAAUCGAGUUAUCAACAGCCAGAAAAGACCGACGAUGAGAUAAAUAAUGAGCUUAAGCGCCAAUUCUUGACGCCAGGCAAUGAGAUUUCGUGGAAUAUUUUGGACUUGGUUCAGAAGAAACCAGAUUUUCUCAAGAACAGUAUAUAUGAUAGUUUAUUGAGUAUCCCUGAACCUGAUGAUAAUAUAAUAUUAAAGUUUAAGAGAAGAGGCAUCAAGGGAAGCAUCGAUAGCUAUUCCGAAGAGUUGGACUUGACGCAAUUGAAUUCAAAGAACACAGCCAAUUCCCUCUCUAUGAACAGAAAAUUCGGUUCGAAGAAGGAUGCAGUGAAGGGUAAAACAACCCAAUUGCCAUUCAUGCCUGGUGGUUUCAUCAUGGAAGAUAACUCACCAAAACAUUUAGAAAAUUUGAAAUUAUUACACAAGGAUAAGGAUGGGUUGUAUGACCUACCAAAUGGUCUUCCACGAGGUUUAGAAAUCGGAAACGACACUGGUGUUAGUGGAUUAAAAGAGUUAGAAGAUAGUUUGAACGAUGUAGCACAAUAUAAUUUCAAGGAAGAAGCCGAAGAUGACAUUGAAGAUGAAGUGUUUGAUGAAGCUGCAUUUGUUAAUGAAGUGGAUGAAAGUUCAGGAACCUCGGAUGAGUCCAGUUUUGGUAUUGAUGGGUUGCUUCCUGAAAAUAUUAUUGUUCAGAAGAACCACAUGGCACAGACUGUCAAGAAGAAAGAAUGGGCUCAUAUGAUUGAUCUAGACCAUAAAAUUGAAAAUUUCCACGAAUUAGUGCCUAAUAUGGCAAGAGAGUGGCCCUUUGAAUUGGAUACUUUCCAAAAGGAAGCAAUUUAUCACUUGGAGCAAAAUGAUUCGGUAUUCGUCGCUGCUCAUACUUCUGCCGGUAAGACUGUGGUUGCAGAAUAUGCCAUUGCGAUGGCCAAUAGAAAUAUGACUAAAGCCAUCUAUACAUCUCCAAUUAAAGCCUUAUCUAACCAGAAAUUCAGAGACUUUAAAGAAGAUUUUACGGAUAUAGACGUUGGGUUGAUCACCGGUGAUGUUCAAAUUAAUCCAACCGCUAACUGUUUGAUCAUGACUACUGAAAUUUUAAGAUCUAUGCUUUACAGAGGAUCAGAUUUGAUUAGAGAUGUUGAAUUCGUUAUUUUUGAUGAAGUGCAUUAUGUUAAUGAUAUUGAUAGAGGUGUUGUUUGGGAAGAAGUUAUUAUUAUGUUACCACCACACGUGAAAUUUAUUUUACUCUCUGCUACUGUGCCUAAUACAUUUGAAUUCGCUAACUGGGUGGGAAGAACUAAACAAAAGGAUAUUUAUGUCAUCAGCACGCCAAAGAGACCAACGCCGCUAGAAAUAUACGGGUGGGCCAAGGAUGAUAUUUUUAAAAUAAUUGAUGCGAAAAGAACUUUCUUGGAGGAUGGUUUUAGAAAGCAUAAGGAUAGAUUGGAAGGAAACAAUAAAGAUAAACAAAAUUCCAAUAAUGGAAGAGGUGGUCGUGGUGGAGCUUCAAGAGGUGGUGCUCCAAGAGGUGGUGCUCCAAGAGGUGGUGGCCGUGGUGGAGUUAGAGGAUCUAAUAGAGGUGGCCGUGGUGGUGGUAGAGGAGGAGCAUUGGCUAAUAAUAAUUCUAACAAUAGAAAACAGUUUAUGAAUAGGGACAGCCCGAACAAAAAAACUUGGCUUGAUUUAGUACAAUAUUUAAAAAAGAAAGAUUUGUUACCAGCAGUGGUUUUCGUUUUCAGCAAGAAAAGAUGUGAAGAAUACAUUGAUACUCUAACCUCUAUUGAUUAUACUACUGCCAAAGAAAAAUCGGAAAUUCAUAGAUUUUUUGAAGGGGCUUUGUCAAGGUUGAGAAAAGAAGAUAGAAACCUACCACAGAUUUUGAAAAUUAGAGAUAUGGCCAGUAGAGGUAUCGCAGUUCACCAUGGUGGAUUAUUACCAAUUAUUAAAGAAAUCAUUGAAAUUUUAUUCUCAAAAUCUUUGGUUAAGGUUUUAUUUGCUACCGAAACAUUUGCAAUGGGUUUGAACUUACCAACUAGAACUGUUGUCUUCAGUGAAUUGAGAAAACAUGAUGGUACAAAAUUUAGAAACCUAUUACCUGGUGAGUUCACCCAGAUGUCUGGGAGAGCUGGUAGAAGAGGUUUGGAUAAAAUUGGUACAGUUAUUGUGAUGGCCUACAACUUGCCAUUUGAUGUGACAAGCUUUAAAGAGGUUACGUUGGGUGUUCCAACGAAACUUUCAAGUCAGUUUAGAUUAACGUACAACAUGAUUUUGAAUUUAUUGAGAAUCGAGGCCCUACGUGUUGAAGAAAUGAUUAAGCGCUCGUUCAGUGAAAAUUCAACCCAAUCGAUGAUGAGCGACCAUAUGGAGAAUGCCAAGAAAUUGGAGACUUCAAUUGAAAAUCUGCAAAUUGAUACUGGAGACUUUGGUGAUGAAAACGCCGCUAUUGUACAAGAUUUGUUUGCCAAGUUUGCUGAGUACAAGUCUAUAAUCACUCAAAUGAUUACCUCUGCAAUGGAAAGCCCAGUUCUCAAAAAGAAAUUUGCCACUGGUAGAAUGAUUAUUUUUAGGGACCAUGCAAAUAAACUUAGACCUGGAUUCAUAACAAAGAAUUUUCAGAAUGCAUUUGCUGUCCUACAGUUUAAUAUGGGUUCAAGAAGAGAGGGAUUUGAUGAACGAGGACUUUCCAUUCCUUAUUUGUCAAUGGUUAAUGGAUUCAUUGAAAGUAUGGGGUAUCCAAAAAUAGAAUUUGGAGGCCAUUUGAAAAGGGUCACAGUAUUUUACGACCAAAUUGAACUAGUCACAAGAAACAAUGCCUCCAAAACCAAUGAGGAAUUCACUAAAAAAUUGGAGUUAUUGUUGAAAUAUCAGAAGGAUUGGGGAGAAAUAAAUUGGGAUGGUUUCUUAACUUUAUCGAUGCAUGAUCUUAUGAAACGAAAGGAUGCCAUUCUCGAUGAUCUUCGCCAAAACAGUAAGUUUUUAGAAGUUAUGAAAAAUGAGAAAUUUAUCAAGAACUACAAGAUUGUUGAGAGACAGCAAAAACUUAGAGAUGAGCUUCGUGAUAUGCAAAUGAUUAUCUCUGGCGAGAACUUGGAAUUAUUACCAGAUUACAAUUCUAGACUUGAAGUACUUAAGGAUCUUGGUUUUAUUGAUUUCAAUUUAAAUGUCCAAUUGAAGGGUAGAGUUGCUUGUGAAGUCAAUAGCGGCUGGGAGUUAAUCGUCACUGAACUUGUUUUAGACAACUUUUUGGGAGAAUUUGAACCAGAAGAAAUUGUAGCCUUGUUGUCCUGUUUUAUUUACGAAGGUAGAGGAAACAAUUCGGAAGAGGAAGAACCAUUCUUAACACCAAGAUUAGAAAAGGGUGAGAAAAGAAUCAAGGAGAUUGUUGGUAAUGUGUUGGACACUUACCAAAAGCAUCAAGUGGGGUUGACUUCUGAAGAAGAAAAUUUCUUGGAACGUAAAAGAUUCUCUCUUGUUAAUGUGGUUUAUGAAUGGGCUCGUGGUAUGCCAUUUAGCAAAAUCAUGGAAAUGAGUCCUGAAAGUGAAGGUACGAUCGUGAGAGUGAUUACUCGUCUUGAUGAAGUUUGCAGAGAAGUCAAGAAUGCUGCGUCAAUUAUUGGCAAUUCCUCUUUGCAUGGCAAAAUGACCGAAUCACAAGAAAAAAUCAAGAGAGAUAUUGUGUUUUGUGCAAGUUUAUAUCUUUGA